GCCGUGCUUUUUGUGAUGCACAAAAGAAUGAAAUGUAACAUUCUUUUUGGGACGGAAGAGUACAAAUUAACCAUAAAUAAAAAAUAAAAAGAGAGAGGAUAAGAACCUGGCGAGUCACUGUGUCCCUCCCGAGCUCAUAACUCGCGCUGCUAUGGAGUCAACCUUGCUCGCAGCACAAUCAACAAUGUGUCUUGCAUCAGUCUCCAAAUCGCUGAAGUUCUAUUCGCUGCCGUUAGUUUCUCACUCCCAGUUCCGUUUCUCUGCGAAUCAGGCGAGUCAAUUCGUGCUUCUGAGCCGGCUUGCUCGGGCCCGUCUCAGAUCGAUUUAUUCGGGGAGGAGCUUGAUAUCGGGAGAUUUGAAUCGCGUUCGAUGGGAACUGCGGUGUAUCUCCAGCUCUGCGGAAAGUGCGGCUCCCUUUGCUGCGGGAGAUGGAGGAAACGGUGGUUUUCGUGGAAGUGAGGGCGGCGAUGGCGGUGGCGGUGGAGGCGCGCCGGAGGGGGGCGAGGAGAACCCUAAUGUGAUUGCAGCCGCCGGAGAAGAUGCGUCUGGUUUAUCUUCUGAUGUCAUCAUACUUGACGUCUCUGGAAUGACAUGCGGAGGAUGCGCCGCAAGGGUGAAAAGGAUUUUGGAAAGCCAACCUCAUGUUUCUUCAGCUAGUGUUAAUCUUACUACAGAGACAGCAGUUGUAUGGCCUGUAUCUGAAGCAAAAGCUGUUCCUAACUGGCAAAAGCAGCUGGGGGAGGAACUUGCAAAACAUUUGACAAGUUGUGGAUUUGAAACCAAUAUCCGAGGGGAGGGAGCUAUCGAAGGAGAAACCCCAUCAUGAAAUCAAAGAUUUGUUUGUAAUGAGAAACCAUUCUCCUUCAUGGUGACUUGGCGGCUAGUAGUGGUGAUUUUUUUGAAGGAAGACAUUGAUGAACUCGGGAAGCCUAUGCAUUAUGGACAAGUAGAGAAAUUUUUACGAAUUUAAGUCAACAAAACCUAUCGCUCCCACUGAAUGGUUUUCUGUUUUAAAAUGUUAGACACUUUCUAGCUCAUGAUGGGCAUGCUGUCUUGUCCAUCACCUUUCUUAUUUUGUUCUCCAGUGUAGUGGCUGAAUAAUACUUCCUACAUUCGGUAGCUACGUGUGGGUGUAAUUCUCUUGUUGUAUCACUUGUAUGUGCAAUGAUUUGAAGCAUGUUUUCUGUGAAACCUUUGGAACAUCUUGAUAUACGGACGUCCUUCUCAUUGUGGUUA